GGAUAAAAGAGGACACUUGAUUAGUGGAAAUCUUCGUAAAACUAAAUCUAACGUCCAGUCUUUUUAUGAAAGAUUUGGCCUUAAAUAUUUAUUAUAUUAAUCAAAUAAUGCAAUCAAUGGUCAGUGAACAUGUGCCUAGAUGGCUUCAAAAUCAAUGUGUGUCAAAUGAUUCGAUCAAUGUGGGAGGUAGAAAAUCAGGUUCAUCGAUAGCGAAACAUAUAAUUGAAACGGGGCACAAAAUUGACAUUAAUACAGCUUUUAGAACGUUGUGUAGAAAUUGUCAAGGACGAAUUCUUAAGUUUAUUGAAGCCUUGGCUAUUCGUAAAUUUACCCCCCCUUAUGUGUACAAAAACAAUUUGUCGUAACCUUGAAUUUACCUUGGUAAUCCUUAAGUCAUUCUAUGGCGUCUGAUAACGCGACAAUUUCUUAUUCUUUCUCUCCCCUUUUGUCAUCAUACUUGAACUUUCAUUUAAUGGACCUUUAUUAAUUUUCAUAUAAAAAUGGCCUAACAAGUACAUAUGUCACCAUGUAUAACAGAAGUUUAUUAUCAGUAUUAUUAUCACCCUGUAAAAAUAAGUAUAUAUAUUUGCGAUUGUACAGCUUUGAAAAUGAAUUCGCCGAAAAGAGAGCUCUUCGCUGAACUAAUCUUUCUUAUUUAAAGUAUAUAUGUGACCAGAUUGUUCGAAAUGUAUAGCGCAAAUACAUCACAUUUUUCAGAUAAACUCCGUCUUCUCAUUGUUCCAUCGAAAUUUAUAAAAGGGACUAAUUACUUUAUAUUUAUGUUUUAUUAAUUGAGUAAAUUUAAUAUUCAAUUGGUCUUCCUUUUAAUGAUUCAUUGUAUUGUCUUACAUAAUUAACUAUUCAUUAGUUCUUCAAUUUUCAAAUCCUUCCAUUCUAAUAUAUAUG